UCAUCUUCUCCGACAUCAAAAAAAGAACCAGGCAAGAUGAUGGAAAAUGACGCUGAAGGUGAAAUUGCGGACAUGCUCUCAAUGUGCAACAAGUACCCGAAUUUCGAAGAUGAUGAUAUGGAGAGAUAUGUGAUUGAAAAUUCCCAUGAUGUUGUGACAGUAUUUGAUGGAAGCCCAGCAGUUAUAGUUUUUGAUGAAUUGGUGAAGGCUGAUGUAUCAAAGUAUCUCCCGUUUAAAAUGGAACAAUCAUAUGAAAAAGCGGACGAAAUUGCGGCAAAGAUGGCUACGGAAGAGAUUCAUUUCACAAUUCAUCUGAGCUCUCACUCGCAAAAAAAUGUGCUCCAAAUCUUCCAAUCUGCUUAUUCUGAUGGCUAUACCCAACAGGAUAAAGAUGGAAAAGUUCCAGAAGGGGGUAAAGUCAAGUGUUCUGAAACUGAAACUGGUGCCAGAAGCAAUGUCAAAUGUGAGGAAGUUGCCAAGGAGGUCAAUGAACGUAUGGAUUCGGAUAAGGACAAGUUCGGAGACUUGAAAGUGGAGAGUUUGGGGAAAGCGGAGAGAAAUCUCGACGGUUACACCUUUUUCAGUUUUAUGAAGCAGAAACCUCGUAGAAACUUGUUCAUUGGAGUUCCACCUUUGGAAGGUACAUGCACAAAAGAGGUCGUUCACGAGGCUAUUAAGGAGAUUCUGUUCUAUUCGUACUGCUAAAUGUCCCACUAUUUUUGUUAUUUCCGUAUUUUUGUAGUAUAGUUUUCUUUACCAACAGUAUGACAUGAAAAAACUUUAUUUCUGCUC